AUGCGGAUCUUAGGUGUGAUACUAUUAACGGUAGCAACGUUUCAAACUGUCACCUGUUUUGCAUUCUAUAAAAAUUUGGAAGCGAAUUCAACAGUAGAAUCAAAUUAUACACUUUCCAGUAAUCGUCAAGGCAGAGUUUUUCCUCUGUACUCUGUUGGACGAAUUGCAAAUGUGGCUUGUGUCGGAAUGAACGGGCUUACAGGAACGUGUCAAAUUCGAGGAGAAUGCGCUGCCAAUGGAGGAUUAGCGGCCGGAAAUUGUAGUUCCUACACGACUCAGGCAGUGUGUUGUAUUUACAUCCAAACAUGUGGCGGUUCGUCUACGCAAAAUGUAACCUACUUUCAGAAUAGCGGAUACCCUUUGCCGUACAAUGGAGGAGGAAGUUGCUUGAUAACGAUAGUACCGCCGGAUACCACUAUUUGCCAACUGAGGAUAGAUUUUACGACGUUUUCUCUAUCGCAACCGGACGGCAAUGGAAUCUGUUCGGUGGACAAUCUGCAGAUAUCAGGCGGUACAUCGUACGUUCCGGUGAUCUGUGGAGACAACAACGGUCAGCACGUGUACGUUUCGAUAAACGGUGCCUCAGUUAUACUUACCAUUUCGACGACGAGCGCUAUAUCGUAUAAUCGACUUUGGAACCUGCAGAUCAGUAUGAUCUCCUGUACCAGCCAAUAUCAAGCGCCAACCGGUUGUUUGCAAUACUAUAUGGGAGCUUCGGGUGAAGUAUCCAGUUUGAACUACGGCUCCGGAGCGAAUCCCGCUUUAAAUAAUUUAGGUUUAACCGGUACUCGCCAAUUGGCGAAUUCACAAUAUGGCAUUUGCAUUGAUCCUGCUCCAGGACAAUGUUCGAUCACAUACAGCUUGCCAUCUGGGGAUCCAUACGCUUUUACCAUGACUGGAGACGCUACAGCCGUGGCUCCUGCUAUGCUUGGAACAGGAGCAGUCGGAGAACAAGGAGCGGCAUGUACUACUGAUUUCUUAGUAAUUCCUAACCCAAUGGGUAUCGCCAGUGAUCGAUUCUGUGGCUUAGGUUUAAAUACUAUUACAAGUGAAACAACGCCAUUUAAUCUGUUCUAUGUGACCAAUGGUGACGAUACGGGAGACGUGGCAAACCGAGGUUUCAAUUUGCUUUAUACUCAAAAUGCGUGUGCUGUCUCGAUCGGAAAGUGA